GCCAAUGUCAAUCCAUAAUUUAGUAGCGCAUUAUUUAAAGGAAAAGAAUUUACAUCAUACUCUUCGAAAGUUUGAAGAAGAAGUUGGAGUACCAAUUUCCAGCGAUGUGGAUGAUUUACCUACGAAAGAAUCAUUAGAAGAGAUUGUCAAUGAUCGAAGCAAUUUUAAGCAGUUAACCGAUGGGGUUUCAGACAAAUUACAUAUUGAUGAGAUAUCAGAUGACGAAUUGAGAGAAAUUAGCGAUAAGCAACUCGUCCCAUGGUCAACACCGUAUCCUCAAAACAGUGAAUCAGCCAUUGGGAAUCAAAUAAUUAAUGGGUUGGUUAUUUCUAGUGAGAUAUUUUGUGAUGACAUGUUGUUAUUAGGAAGUGCUGAUAAUAAGUUUUAUAUGAUUGAUUUAAAAACCAAGAAAAUCGUGAAAGAAGAGACUAAUUUGAUUGGCCGAGUGGUUAUAAAGAAGAUUGUUAGUAUUGAAAAUAGUAAUAAAGUAAUACUCGUUGGUAUGGAUGGUAAUAUUUGGAUAUUCGAAAUCCAAAAUGAUGAAAUUAGCCCCAUCACCAAUUUGAAAACACACCAAAAACUUAUAAGUGAUGUCAAGUACAUUUCGGUACAAGAAAGAAACUAUAUUGUUUCCAUGGGCUGGGAUUUCAUGAUUAAAGUUACCGAGUUUACCAAAAACCAAUUAGUGCCAGUGGCCCAGUAUAAAUUACCAAUUCAAGGAAGUUGUAUUGAUGUCACCAAUUACCAAGAUAAGUUGGUUAUCGUUAUUGGUAAAAAUGACUACACGUUCUUGGAAGUGUACACAUUGGAAGAAGCUGAAAUCGUCCCAGUAUACAAGAUAUCAUUGAACGACGCCGAGUUUCUGUCAUCGAUAUUCUCUCCAAGAUGUAUCAAGAUCUUCAACCAUCAAUACCCAUUGAUUGCAGUGGGGACCUCCCACGAACCUUACAUGAGACUCAUCGUUGUUUCAUUAAAAGAGUUCCCCAAGAUCACUCCUUCCAAAAACAUGACUACAAAGAGAAAUCAAAUAUUGAAAAACUUAAGCACCAUGUCACCUCAAGAUAAGUAUUCCACCGCCAUGAUAGAAUGGCGUCAAGAUGGUAGUGGUGUUUGGGUCAUUGGGGAAGACGGGGUCAUCAGAGGCGUAGACUUGGUAUCACACCAUGUUAUCGCUGAGCUAGAAGCCCACCAGGGCCGAAUCAAAAGCUACGUAUCUGGCAACCAACAUGCCAGAGAAGUGAUCGUCACCUGUGGCACGGAUCGUAAGGUCCGGGUAUGGAACUGCUAACCUGUGAAAUACCGGGAGUUAUGAUUUUGCAGUAAUUCAAUUGUGGGGAAUCAAACUGAAAGCAAGUCCGAGGAAAUCACGGUGCAAGAAUUUUUGAAGGCGAACGCUUAUGGUGGGUGCACGGGUGCACUGCGACAGUUGUACGCAUGUGUUUGAGAUUAGGCAGACGUUUGAGCCGAUGAAAAUUUAGGGUUUGACCUCGGUAAUUGUACUAUCAAAUAAAUACCGACUGAUUCCCAAUUGGCAGACUGUCUGUUUUUACUUUUAGUUUUAAUUUUAGUUUUAGUUUUAGUUUUAUUUAGAAUUACCGUUAGUUGAUUUCUGAUUUCAAUUCUUAUAGAGCACCCGGUGGAUAAUUGUUG